UGUGGGGCCGUGUGCGGGGCGGCGGCCUGGCGGCGCGGCUGCUCGGGGCGGCGGCGCGGCCGCACGGCAGGGCCCGCAGCAAACAGGAACUCUUCAGCACAAGCAGUGUGCUUUCUAAAGACAAAGAUAAAUCUGCUGCUUCCAAAGACAGCACACCUGAAGGGGCAGCAAAGAGGCAGGAGGAUGGAGCAGAAACAGCAAAGCAGCAGCUAUUAGACAUUAUUGGUAAUAUGAAAGUGGAAGUGAGCUACAGGAAGAAACUCCAACAAUUAAAAGCCAGUGAGAACAAGAAGCAAGCUGUGAACAAGCUGGAAGGUCCGGACAGUGAAAGUUCUAUGCGUCAGGGAAUUACAGAAAACACCCAACGAGACAAGCCUUUAAAUCCAGAACUGGUGAAGGCUGCUUCUGCAGUUGCAUCUUCCCUUCCACGCAACAAGAAACAGACAGAAUCAGAACUCCUUGCACAACUAAGAAGACAUGAAGAAACCACAGAUGAACAGAAGAAGGGGAGAACUAUUAACAUACGCAAUGUUAUUUCAGAAAUGACAGUUAAAAGGCAGUCCCCAGCCCAGUGGGGUGCGAGGAUAUCCAGUCGCAUUUCCUUGCAGUUGGAUGAGGAUGGUCAAAGAAUAAGGCCUGAAAGAUCAUCAACUCAGUCUAUGGACUCCAGAAGUCUCAAAGUAGGAAAGAGGCUUAAUAUAUUCACUAAGGCUUCUACAGAACCAGAGCAUGCACUGAAAACAGUAUCUUCACCAACAAUUUGGGAUUUGGAGUUUGCAAAGGAGGUUGCAGCAGUAACUGCACAGCCUCCCCGAAACGGUUUUGAGGAGAUGAUCCAGUGGACAAAAGAAGGAAUACUGUGGGAGUUCCCAAUUGACAAUGAAGUUGGGAUGGAGGAUGAUGCUGAAUUUCAUGAACAUAUCUUUCUGGAGAAACACCUUGAAGGCUUUCCCAAGGAAGGACCUAUCCGCCACUUCAUGGAACUAGUCAUCUGUGGGCUCUCAAAAAACCCAUACCUCAGUGUUAAGCAGAAGGUUGAACAUAUUGAGUGGUUUCAGAAGUAUUUUGAGGAAAAGAAGGAACUUCUUCAAGAGAUUUGAGAUUUGGGAAAGUGCUUACCCUUGAAAUGAAGAAUUGUUGUGUCAGUGCAUAGUGAUCAUGUGGCCUGAAAGUUGUAUUUUAAGCAAUAAACUCAAAGAUCAUCUUUUCUUA